AUGAAAUCUCCUGCUGAGAGUCGAGAUCCUAAGCUGUAUUGCCAGUUCCAUGAAGAUAUAGGACAUGACACCAAGGAUUGCAGAAGCCUGAAGAGAGCCCUGGACAGCCUAGCCUCCAAGGGGCACCUGAAGAACUACUUGCAAAGAAGCACUCACGGCAGGGGAAAAAAUCAGUACAAGAAAAAAAGGUCACCUGUCUCAGCUACAGAAGGAAAUCACAGCGAAUGGGGAUGUGUAGCCGUCAUAUUAGGAGGACAAGCUGCUGGGGGGCCCACAAUGAGGGGACAGAAAUAUUAUUCCCUCCGUCUAGGUCAGGUAAUGUUAUCGGGGAAAUCACCGGUGGACCCAUUCCCUCGGAUAGAAAUAUGUGAAUCGGAUGGUGGACGUGUAGCCACCCCACAUGACGACCCUCUCGUGGUCGAGAUCAAAAUCUCUAACAUGAGGGUAAAGCGCUUCUUGAUAGAUACAAGAAGUUCAUCUGAUAUAAUGAGCAUGGAGUGCCUGAGCCGCCUAGAUCAUGACCCUAAAACCAUAGAGAGCAUCCACUACCCUAUCAUUGGCUUUGGAGGAAGCAUCAUACAUCCAGUAGGCGUCAUCAACUUUCCAGUUCGGCUUGGAGGACGUAAAUAUGGACGAAAGAUGGGGGUAGACUUCCUAAUCGUCAAAGAUUUGAUGGCCUACAACGUCAUUUUGGGACGUCCCACCUUGAACAAGAUUAAGGCAGUGGUCGUCACCCAUCUCAUGCUCCUGAAGUAUGUGUGUGACGAUGGGGCAAUAGGGACUAUACACGGAGAUCAACAACAAGCAAGAGACUGCUACCUCACAACUCUUAACCCAUCGCAUGGAGGAAAGACCCGGCCGGGACCAAAGGCAAGAGAAAAUAUGAAGAAGAACCACCAACUGCCAGCGAGAAUAUCCCAGUUAAAAUAG